AUGAACCUGACAGAGCUUAAUCAGUCUGAUCGCUGUGAGCAUUUCUCCUGUCCAGAGAGAUCUGUAUCUCCUGCAGUUUAUAUCUUACUGUAUGUGUGUUCAGCUGCUGUGGUUCUGCUAACAGUGUGUGGAAAUAUGCUCAUCAUCAUCUCUGUUUUUCACUUUAAGCAGCUUCACACACCAAGCAACAUGCUUGUGCUCUCCUUGGCUGUGUCGGACUUCCUUGUUGGUAUUUUUGUAAUGCCACUAAUGUUAAUCUGGACUAUUGAGUCAUGCUGGACUUUUGCAAGAGAUUUAUGCACAAUCUACUGGCUAGCUAAUAGUCUUCUUACAAUAUCAAUCUAUACUAUUGCUCAGAUUGCUGUGGAUCGGUAUUUGGCUCUCUCAAACCCCUUUCUCUACAUGAACAUUGUCUCUGUGAGAAUCACUUGUGUUGCUGUUGUUUUAAACUGGUCUGCAGUGGUGGCAUAUAACUCAGCAGUCCUAUAUCUCAAUAGAAACUUUACAAGUUCUGUAUUCUGUCCCAGGGAGUGUGUUCUCCGUAUGACUAUGAUUUGGACCAUAAUUGAUCUUGUAUUUUCCUUCAUAUUUCCGCUUUCUAUCAUAAUCAUAUUGUAUACUCUGGUUUUUGUGAUUGCUAAGAAACAUGCCACUGCUAUCAGAGAGCUUAAUAAUCACACACGGCCUAAAACACAGAAAAUCACCUCACACUCAAUGAAAUCUGAGAGAAAAGCAGCUAAAGUCCUCGGCAUUUUAGUGUCUGUGUUUCUGGCAUGUUUACUCCCAUAUUUUAUUUACAGUUUAUUAGGCAAUAUUAUAGAAUUUCAGUCAGUAUCUUUUCAAAUUUUUUUUAUUAUGGUUUAUCUUAACUCCACAAUUAAUCCAUUUAUUUAUGCUUUGUUUUACCCGUGGUUUAGGAGGUGCAUUAAAUUAAUCCUAACUCUGCGAAUAUUUCACAUUGACUCUGCAUCAAUCAAUGUUCUUUCAUGA